UUUGGCUGAGUGGGCAGCCUGCUGCCGGAUUUGGGAGAUCCCUCUCCAGUGUCAGGGCUGGGUGAGGGAGGGUGUACAUACGCGGCAUGACAGCCCUUCCUGAUGACAUGGUAGCCUCCGACCUUACCUCGGCCAUUGUUUUGGCUGGGGUUCGGCAUGAGGAAACGAUCGCAGCCUUUGAUGAUGGCCCCAAACGGAGAUCCAGAUGGUCUGAGUGCAAGGUCGCAAAGAAAGGAAAGCGAUGGGGCCUCCCAGAUGACAAGCCGUACAAGCCACUGAGCUAUGUUGAUCUUCCCAUGGGUCUCUCUGAGAAGGAGAUUGAUCAAUUCCUCAGAGAACAACGGCUAGAGGAUCUUCACCGGAAGAUUCAGGCACAUGAGCUGGAAGAUGUAGAUCCAGACAUUCGGCCUCCUUCGCCACCACCCGUCUAUGACAAGGGUGGCAACAGACUGAACACUAGGGAUGUACGUAUCAGGAAAGCUAUGACAGCUGAGUACAACAGGCUGAUCAGGUAUAUGAUCAAACAUGUUGAUGGAUACCUGCCACCUGUGGACUGGAAACCUUCCAAGCUGAUGAAGAAAAUCAUUAUUCCAAUCGAAAAGUUUCCUCAGGCACCUUUCAUGGGCGUUAUCAUUGGUCCACGUGGUGUAAACCACAAAAGGCUUCAGGACACGACGGGUUGCAAGAUCUUUAUCCGUGGCCGAGACAUUGGCGACAAAUGGCAGACAGACGAGGAGGCAGCGAUGCCGCAGCAUGUGCACAUUGAAGGUGAGACGGAGGAGCAGAUCCUCCACUGCGAGCGCCUUGUUGAGCCUUUGCUGAACCCAGAAAGUCCAGAAUUCGAGUAUGCCCGAACGCACGGUAUGCAGCAGCUUGCCAUGGUGAACGGUUUCUCCUUGAACAAGGCUGAGCAGAGGUGUGGUAUUUGUGGUGCUUUGGGUCACUUGGGAUUCGAAUGCCCAGAAACAAACAACCAGAACUACAAGAUGGCGAAUGUGACAUGUACCAUUUGCGGUGACAAGGGGCACGUGGCGUCAGACUGUAAAAAGGCGGCUGAAAUCAACAAAAGAGAGAACGUUGAUUGGAAGGCCAUGGCCGAGAAGAAGGCCCAAAUGGACAAGGACUUUAAUGACAUGAUGAAUGACAUGGGUGGUUUAGGAGGCCAAGCUCAGGCUGGUGGGCAGCCAUCCGGUGGUCAGACCCUGGUGACCAUGGACUCCGCACCAGGAGCUGGGACAAGCAAUGUUGACAAGACCAUCAUUGUGCCGGGUCAUUUAGUUGGCAAGAUCAUAGGCCCAGCGGGUGCCACCAUCAAGAAGAUGGCCGCAGACACGGGGGCCCAGAUCAACAUGGACUCGGUGGUGCAGCCAGGAGGUGGAAAGGCAGUGGUCAUUACAGCAGCAGAUCCUGCUGCUCGAGAGCGUGCCAAGGCCCAUGUGCAGAACUGGAUCAAAGACAACCAGGCUCCGGCCAUGGGACCUGGCUACCAGCCUGGCUUGGGUGGCAUGCAGCCAAUUGGUGGACUUGGUGGCAAAGGUGGCAUGGGAGGUGGCGGCAAAGGAUUGGGUAUGGGAGGUAUGGGCAUGGGACCUCCGCCUGGAGGUAUGGGUAUGGGUCCCGGUAUGGGCAUGGGUCCGGGACCUGGGAUGGGUGGAAUGGGUCCGGGCAUGGGCAAAGGCGGCAUGGGACCUAUGCCUGGCCCAGGUGGCAUGGGCAAAGGUAUGGGCCCGCCAGGCGCCCCUCCCAUGGGAAUGGGGCUUGGCGGCAAAGGUAUGGGCGGCUGUGGUAUGGGCAUGCAGAACAUGCCAAAGAGCACAGGAGGCUUGAUGCCUCAAAACACAGGAAUGAUUCGGCCUGGACAGAUGGGCAUGCCGCCUCCACAAUACUGAGCUGAGAAGCCUAGUGAUCACAGUCUAGAAGCCUAGCUCAGACAAACCUUUGCUAGAUCAAAGAGGAUCCAAGCAAUGCUUAUGCAAUGUCAUCUUCUCUGAUGCAUAGAUCGGGCAGUGAAACGGAGAGAGGCCAAUUGCCAA